GCUGGUGGAGGCUCUUCGGCGGGUAGCAGACGGGUAACGGCCAGAGCACUUGCCUUUUCGGGAACGGGAACGAGCUCGGUGGGAAAUGGUGGUGGUGGUGGUGCGGCUAGUGCUUCAUCGGUUUAGAUGGGAGAUAUUUUUUUUUGGAUUUUGA